AUGAAUCUAGAGUGGGGCUCGUCAGAUAUAAAGAAAGGGAGGUUGGCUGAGGCUAGCGUUGGGGAUGGGGGUCGGAUCUCUGUCAAUCUCCCUCUCUCUUUGUGUCUUUGUCUCUUUCUGUCACUAUCUAUCUCAGUCUCUCUCUGUUUAGCAAAUGUGGCUGGUUGUGCUGCAAGAAGGGGUGUGGUUGGCGAAGCUAUGAACUCGCGGAGGAGGCAUGGGUGCCUUGAUAAAUUUUUGGCACAAAGAUGA